UUUUCACAUCCGAGCGGAUAACAGCGGUCCAUAGUGUCGCAUCAUGUCCCGGAGAAAGCAGGCCAACCCCAGGCCUCUGAAAGCUCUGGAUGACAAUAUCGAGGCAGAACAAGAUGAAAGCCUGUCAAACAUAUCCUACAAAAUGGUGGCCGUUGCCGACCACAUACAGCUUAACGGGGAAACGCAGCAGGACUCGGACCCCGAUGACUUUGAUGAAUACGGUCCCUUAGUCGUCGAUACCUCCAGGCAGCCGUUAGAUGACGAUGAUGAGAAAGAUACCACAGACCAGGCUAGAUCAACGUCUGCUCUCCAUCUCGCAGAAACACAAGCUCAGCUCGAUCUAGGACCUCACCUGAGCGCCGAAUUGUCCCCGGUCGUUGUUUCUGUUGCGGGUCAGGAAGACGCACCCUCUAGUCAGCCUAUCACAGACCUCCAUCACCAGUCGAUAGACGACCAUCUCCCCCUCGUCAACGACGAUUCUAAUCUAUCUACGUCCAGAACUCCGUCCAUCUCCUCCUCGGAUCAGCUCAGCCCCGGAGGUUUCAGUUCUAGUAUAUCUUCCUCCAAGACUCACCGUCGAGGAGUCAGGAACCACUCUAUAAGUAGCGAAGAUUUAGCCCCCAAGGACGAUGAUCAAACUGAGAACAAGAUCUUACCUGUAGCCAGCGAGACUGGGGAGAGCCGCUACGUCUGUCCUAUCUGUAACGAGACUCUGUCUUCAUCCCACGAGUUAACCGUCCACAUCCGAAGCCACAACACUCACACCGGCUCCGCCUCUCAGGCCAACUCAUGUACGAUCUGUGGGAAGAGUCUUAGUUCUCAGAGCUCCCUCGAUAGACACAUGUUGGUCCACUCAGGUGAGCGACCUUUCAGGUGCAAAUAUUGCAAUAUGUCAUUUACAACGAAUGGCAACAUGCACCGACACAUGAGGAUCCAUACCAAAGAGACGGAGGCGAACGCCCAUAGCUGUGGCAAAGUGCAGAGGAAGCGAGCGCCGUCUUGGAAGCCCAAAGUGAAUAGUUUUAUCCACAUUGAGCCAGCAUCAUCUAAACCUGUCGGAGGCCUGACCAGGUCCCCACAGUUAGUUGGAAAUGAUCUCCUGCAGGGGUCGUCUCAGCUGGCAAAGGAGCUCACCUCCGAUUCCCACACGAGAUACCAGUAUGGUAAAACAUCCACCCCAAAGACAUCAAUAGCCCCUGGCGUGAAGAGAUCAUUCAACUUCAUCAAUGUAUCCCCGGGGGAAUGGCCAAUGCCGCCAAUCAAACGUAACAAACUAUUUGAAGAGGGAGUAAAACUGGAGAGUGAAAUAGCCCAAUCCAGUCAUCAGGCCACUCCAAGAAGUAUAUCACCAUCUGCUGAUAAAUCUGCUGAGGAUAUGGAGGUGUUUGAAAGCGAGGACAAAGAGGUGGAGCAGCUCCACUGCCCCGCCUGUAACAAGGCUUUUAUUUGUAAGUAUGGCCUGGAGAAUCACAUCCGGGAGAGCCACCCCAACUUCUCCUCGCUCAAGUGUCAUCUUUGUCACAUGAACUUCCACACACUUCGCAGCCUGAGUCUGCACAAGACGUUGGUGCACGCUAAAGCGCGAAAGACGGAGAAGGAAGAUGACGAAUGCAAGGAGGAUGUCAGGGCAGCUGCGGCAGCCGUUAUAGGAUUUUAUGAUCUCAGCUUUGUCGACUUCUCCAUCAAAAAGUUUUCUCUGAUUGCAAAGUCGUGGUGCGAGCAGAAUGCAAGGAAGUCAAGUAGCGUUUAUCACCAUUUUGUUUGCAAGGAAUGUUCCAAAGCAUUUCCAUGCAAGGGUGCAUUGAAACUGCAUCUCAACACCCACAGUCGUGCCAAGACAUCACAAUGCCCGCUCUGCGAGUGUGACUACAUGACAACUAAAGAGCUCCACCUGCACAUGAUAAAACACAUGUCCGACAAAGCUUUCGCUGAUGUUCAGAAACCUGUGCAAUCCAACCGUCGUAAACCAGCUAAGGACACGAAAGCCGAGGAAGUCGGAAAGCACGAUUUCUUGGCUUCAUUUGGCCUCACUGCCAAUGUCGAGUCCCUAGAUGUGACGGAGAAGGAACACAAACCAGUAUUGUCUGGUAACAACUUCAAAGUUCACGAAAGAAAAGAAAACAAUGAAUACUUCGCAAAACUUGGACAAAUAUUCUCACCAACUGUCUCACCGAUUCACCCGUCCAAGAAAAUGGAGCCUACAGAAAAUGACAAUGACUUUGCAAACAUCGCCAAGAUUUUGCAGACAUCUGCAACCGGGGGUCUCCUUGCUGGACUGCCAGGACAUGUAGCCGGCCUGGAACAGCUCGGCCUGCUCAAUCAAUCUCAACUGGCAGCAUUCAUGCCAGCAUUCUUAAACUCCUAUAAUCAUCCGUCCUUCCUGUCUACCAUGCCCGCCAUGAUGAAUGCAAGUCACAUGAUGAGUUUAGCCAAUCAGGGAGAUCCUAGUCCACUCUCCACACCCCCACCUUCUGGUGAAGGCAACAGUAGUGGAGGCAGUGCGUCGUCGCCUAGCAACGAUUCCAAGAUUGCUUUCCCAUGCAAAUACUGUGACCUAGUCUUCCCGAAUUACAGAGCACUGAAAAGUCACACCCGUACCCACCUUGGACUUUCUCCUUACAAGUGUAAUCUGUGUAGCUACUCCAGCGCCGACAAAAGCACCCUCAUCCGCCACCUCCGCACACACAACGGUGAACGCCCCUUCCAGUGCCGCGUCUGUGACUUCGCCUUCACCACCAAGGCCAACUGUGAACGCCACGUCAGGAAGAAGCAUGGUAAAAUAGUCAAAGAAGAUAUAGAGAUGGCGAUCGGUUACAACAAGUAUGUAACUGAACAUUCUGCCAUGGAUUCCUUCCACUCUCCAGACACGGUCUGCAAGUACUGCGGUGUUGACUUCAAGUUCUUCCGUGCGCUGAAGCACCAUUUACGAUCCCACAGCAGCUGUCGUCAGAAGCCGUUCCAAUGUACCCGCUGUGACGUCGGUUUUUCCACUAAAGCCAAUUGUAUCCGUCACGUCCAGAAACAACACACCGAGAUCUCACAGAACCAUAUAGAACAAUAUAUCGUCGUCCACGAACCACUCCUAGGGGAAGGAAGCGACCGUUCAGACGGCGCUCUUUCAGAUGACAACACUAGUCAAGAAUUACCCUCUCACCCGCCAGCCGCUCACUCCAACUCCAGACUGAGCAUGACCCCGAAUAGCAGUCGUGCCGAGUCUCCACUCGUUAUUAAGACAGAACCAAUCGACCCUGACAUGGAGGAUAGGCCGCUAGAUUUUAGCGUGAAAUCCUCGUCUGCCAAUUCUACCCCUAGUGUCACCCCUAGGGCAACACCAAACAAAAAGAUGGCGAAGUCUCUUGGAGAUGAACUGCCCAUGGAUCUAUCAAUCAAGAAGAAGAGUGAAAGCCCAGUGAUGUUGUCAAAUAACAAACUGAAGGUUAUGUACGACAACACCCUACACCAGUGCCAGUUCUGUCCGAUGGGCUUCUCCAGUCAACGUGUCCUCGACCGUCACAUCUGGCAGCUCCACCCACAGAUCGCUGAGAUAAUGGGUAAACACUACUUCACCCCGAUCCUCCCGUCACCAGCCGAUAAGUCAAUGACCUCGGGAAACCUUCGCCUGCCUCUGAAGCCGCCAAUCGGAGAUGGAGCUUUAGACAACAGAUCACAGACACCAAAGUUGAACAACAACUCAGAAAUGAAAAAGUCGGCCAUCUUAGAUAAGAUCAAACGUGAGGCGAGCUCUCCUUCUGGAAGCCUUCAAGGUAAUGACCCUAACUGCGACUUGGCCUCCGUCAAGAAGAUCAUAGACACCACCAACGCCAACCAUUUUCAGCUGUACCUACAAGAGAACAUCGGAGACUCGGACUCCCAGGACCGCAGCGAGGCUGCUGAUGGAGAAUACGAGGAUCUCGACAUGCCAGAAAUAUCUGACACGGACAGAGAGGAAUCGGCCCUCGUGAUCGCUGAGGAUCCUCCGGUUCUGAGUCCCCGCUCCAAGGCAGACACCAAUUCGGAGACCAGGAGCCUCAACGGUGACGACGAUAUGCCAGAUCUUAACAAACUGCUCAGCAGUGAACUACGCCAACAGAUUCAGGCAGCACAGAAAGCCGAGCGUGAGUACAUCCCCAACCAUCAGAAAAUAAAGGGAGAUAACAUUAAAAAGAAGCGCAACUCCUAUGCUGACUCUCCCCAUAAGCUGCAGUGUCCAUACUGCACUCGAACUUUCCCUUGGGUUAGCUCCCUUACAAGACAUCUCCUAACUCAUACAGGUCAAAAACCAUUCAAGUGUCCAAAGUGUCCAGUGACAUUUUCAACAAAAUCUAACCGAGAGCGUCAUCUGAUCCGUAAACACGGAGUCAACAUGAUGGACCCACUGUCUCGGCAGACCAUGGACAGACCGUACAAGUGUCACUUGUGUGUCUUCAGCUCCUUCUCCACCCAAGGAAACCUGCUUAAGCAUUACAAGGAGCGCCACAGUGGCUGCAGCCUCCCCGAGUCCCUCAUCGACCUUGACAAGGCUGUCACAACUGGACUGGCCACUACCUUGAGUGGUGAGGAAAGGUCACUAGCCCGCGAUAGAGCUCUGGGCAUUUCCCAGGACGAUGUCCUUGAGAACAGUUCCUAUGCUGCGGAGGAGCAGCUCAACCAAUCAAUGGAGAACGAACGUCCAGAUGACCGAUUCAUGUCAAUCACCAUUGAUUCAGGCUGUAAGUCGGACAAUGAGGAAGAAGAUGACCUGGAGUUAUCGACCCCGUCCAUGCCCACCAUGGAGGAUAUAAAUAACUCCAUUAACACAAGCCUCAACAGCUCAACAAAACAGUUCACCGGCUCGGCCGAGCGACAGAUCAACCCAGAGCGUGACAACUACAAUGUUGAUAAAAUCACUGAUUGCUGGAACUGUGGCGAGAAAUUUGUGUCUCGCAAGUUGUUAGUACGUCAUCUCAAGGAACACAACAUCGAUCUGCCUUUCAAGUGCUACCUGUGUGACGCUUCCUACGAUGUCCGCCUGGAUUGUCUCUUGCACCAGGAGAAGUUCCACGCCUCCGAUUGGGUGAUCCUGAAGGACAAGAACAAGGUGGACAAUGUCGACUCGUUUUCACGUCACAUGGACAAGGUCGUCGAGAACAACUGUAACAAGGUCGACCAAGGCGUUAUCCUUGAGAUCCCCGGCCAGAGUGCCGACGACCCCAAGAUGGAGGUGGUGUCUGCGGACUAUAUGCAGCGUAAAGUCUACUGUUCCCUGUGCCCCAAACGCUUCUGGUCCCUGCAGGAUCUACGCCGACACAUGCGAUCCCACACAGGUGAGCGACCAUUUGAGUGCGACAUCUGUCAGAAGCGGUUCACGCUGAAACACAGUAUGAUGAGACAUCGUAAGAAGCACAUGGAGACUGGUUCCCUCAGCCCCAGUGAUGACGAGGAUAUCAACCCCUCCACUGACGAUUUAUCUUCUCUAAAGAUCAAGGGUCCACGCUUGCUUCCCAAGCCUAGUCCAAGCAUCCUUGUCAAACAAUCGACAAUCCCGAUCCAGCUCUCCCAGCCUCUCCCAAUCAGGCCUAUGACAAACAUGUCUGGUAUUCCCGUCAUCGCUGCCAUGCCAACCAUGACUUCAAUGUCCGCUAUGCCUACUAUCCACCUCAGCAACAGUUACAACUCGGUCAGCAUCAACGGAGACAAAGCCAGGGAAGGGCAAGGUCAGCGUGCUAACAGUAUCAUCAGCAAAUUGACGCCAUCAGUAACUGCUACACUGGGGUCAGCACUAGGAUCAAUGGGAGAGGGCAAAGACAACGAUAUUUUACACAGUCUGCUUGGAGUGGAGCUGGGGUCUAUUGACAGUAUGUUGGACUCUGCAGACAGCGCAGCGAGACUCCUCGGUGUGAAUUAAAGGGUCUGUCAUCAUGGCUCCUCAGACUAGAUCGGAGAUCUGUCGGGGAGGCACCUUGGAGGGUAUUAGAGGUUCAACACAGUCGACUAGGAGUGGAGAUAAAAUAUAUUGGACUCCACAGAUAGCGCAGCAUAGCUCCUCGGAGUAAAUAAGAGAAUCUGUCGGGGAAACGCUUAGGAGCAAAUGAGAGGAUCUGUCAGCGAGACUCCUCGGUGUAAAUUAGGGAUAAUUUAUCAUUUCUCGAGGAUGACACUUACAUAAAUAAAAAGCCUACAUGAAGGCUACAACGUAUGGAAGAACUUGAGUAUUGUCAGAACUCCACUUAAUGACGAAAAAAUCUUAGCCAAAAUGAAAAUCAAAAAUGGACUUUACAGGAAAUGUCUGUUAUAAGACAUCUGUUUGUGCUGUGAGACACGAGUUGUUCGUAGCGAACUGUUGGACAUUGUAGGAAUUGCUGAAUAUAAGUUGGUGAAUUUCACCACAUUUUGCGUGAUGUUAUUUGCAUAAAUGGGAUGACAAAAAUUAAUAGUUGCCAAUGUUAAUGAGAUGAUGCAACGGAAUGAAAUAUUGCUGUCGGUUAUAAUGCUGUUGUAGAAGCGAAAACUAUUUACUGUUAAAAAUGAGUCGGCUAGUUUGAAAAUAGAAACUUAUUGCUGUAAGGUUACUCAUAUUCAGAUUAAUGAGUACUUCAGGACGAAUGAGUUGCUAGAUUUUGUUUUAACGAAUGUGGACUUAGAAUCUGUGAUAUUUCACUUGUGUGUGACCAGUGUUUUAAGGCGGGUGUGAGUUUAGAACGAGGAAGACAUCUGUGUGUGACCAGUGUAAUAUAGUGGUGGGAGAGUAUAAAAUCAGAAACACUGUGAUCCUUUAUUGAACAGCAUUAUGCAAAUAUGUAAAUGUGUUCAUGUACUUUGUUAAAUUUGACAACAUAUCAGUUAAUGCAAUUUUUGUACAUACUGUAAUUAAUUUGUGCUAGAGAUUUUUUGUACAGAUUUUAUCAGAUGUAUUUAAAUUUGGCCAUUCUUUGAUAUGUUUAUAUACAUGCCAAAUAAUGGCCAACCCAGAGGUGUAACAUGUAAUUUAUAGUUAUUAUAUUUGUAUAAAAGUGACCAGGGAUCAAACAGUGGGAAUAACGAUGUGGCCGUAGGUACUUAGACAGUUUUAUUUUUAGUUUAAUUAGUACAUUCCUCAAAUGAUUGGUCUGUGAUGCGUGGUUGCGUGCCACCUAGUUCAUUCCUCAAGUGAUGCGUGGUUGUGUGCCACCUAGUUCAUUCCUCAAGUGAUGCGUGGUUGCUUGCCACCUAGUUCAUUCCUCAAGUGAUGCGUGGUUGCGUGCCACCAUGACCAGCAAUAUAUGCAAAGUGUUCAGUCAAAGGGAGAUAAUUCAUACUGGGCAAAACAUGAUGCUGAAAUAAAAGGCAGCGGGGGCGACAUGUUCUGUGAACAUGAAGACUUAUGUCCCAGCCAUUAAUCAUUCCCAAUCAUUUUGUCUGUGAACAUGGAGACUUAUGUCCCAGCCAUUAAUCAUUCCUAAUCAUUUUGUCUGUGAACAUCAAGACUUAUGUCCAGGCCAUUAAUCAUUCCCAAUCAUUUUGUCUGUGAACAUGGAGACUUAUGUCCAGGCCAUUAAUCAUUCCCAAUCAUUUUGUUGGAGUUUUUUUGGGUGUUUUGUUGUACAUUCUAUUUUCGUAUCGCUCUCUUUAAGUAUUUAUAAAACUAACCUAGUCUCUUCACAAAGAUCUGUACUAUUUACAUUAAAUUUGUUAUUUAUGAUUUUUACUAGAGUGACAAUGUUCAACAUUCACUGAUAGCUGUAGUUUAUUUUAGUUACUCUUUUGUCCUGCUGUUUUUAUCAUUGUAUAGCUUAAGGUAUAAAUAUAUGACAGAUGAUAAUUUAAACCGAUUGAGUUUUGAUGAAAUUUUAUCGAUUCAUUUAUUCAUUUUUGCAUUGCUUCAAUGGCAUUUACAGUUUCAAGGCUGUCGCUGAAAGAACCUUUCUCCGGUAUGAUGUACCUAAUAGUCUGGGCUGUCAGUUUGCUCAAAUACGGCUACCUUCAAUUUUGCUGACAUUCUUCAUAUUUUAAAUUAUUUUCUUCAUUUAUUUACAUCAAGAUAUGUUGAUAAUUUAUUUAUUGCUAGUUUAUGGUUUUAGUUUUGAUGUGACUUAAAUUCAUAUAUAACCAAUCAAAAGUGUUAUGAAUGAGAGACAGACAAGUAAGUUGUGUGGACAGAUAAAAAAUGUGUACGCUCAUGAAAUAGGCUGUUCCACAUUAAAUAUGACUUGUUCUCGUGAGAGAAUCGAUCUCUAAUACAGGAAAUUCCUUUUAAUGUCAUGUGACCGAGAAACACAUAAAGGGUGACAUGAGCUUGGUGAGAAUUCUAGGAAUAUUCUGUCUCAGACAUUUGUAAGCUUUACUGUUUUAACACAAAGAAAGGUCAAACAUGUUAUGUCUCAAGUCAUAGGCUCAAAAUAUCCUGAUUACAGACGGUGGUUUUAAACAAAUUGAUUCAAAACACAUGAUGAGAUUUACACAGGUGAUCAGCCAUCCUUCAGAUGAAAUGUAGUGCAUUUUGUUUUAAUUUUGUAAAAUGGCUGUAUAUAUGUUUUUGUAUAUAAAUCAUUUGUUACAAAUUGCAUUCCAGAAGAUAAAGAUCUUUGAUUUUCUGUUGAAAUUGUUUGCAAACAUUCCAUUUUCUUCUGACAAUGGAUAAACCGAAAUAUAUAUUUUUAAAAAGAAAUUUCCUAUUUUUCAGAUUUUCAUAUCAAAUUGUGUACAUGCUGAUUGUAAAUUAUUUAUUUUAUUGUUUUAUACUGUGUGUUUUCCACAAGUGAUGGGUUAUUUCUUCUGAUGUUGAAAUAAACAUCUCAUAAAACUAAA